AUGGUUCAAUCAAGCAUCGUCGUACCUACAACAAGUCAGAAACGUACAAAUGAUGAGGAGGCAAGCAAUACCCAAUCUCCUGAAGAGAUAAAAAGGCCUCGUAUCCAAGAAAGCGAAGCAGGACAGAAGCGCAACAAAAGACUGUUUGGCGCAUUACUCGGCACAUUGAAUAAAUUCAAGGACGAAACUGAAAAAAACAGUGAAAUAGAUAAGAAACGACAAGCUAUCAACGAGAAACUGCACGAAAAAUUGGAAAGGGAGAGAGCACAGCUCCAGGAGUCUCUAAGAGAACGUAGAGAGGAAAAAAUGAGACAGGCAGAAGAGAAACUAGAAAAAGAAAAGCAGUUAUGGCAAGAAAAGAAGGAGCGAUCACGAUUACAACAAGAAGAGCUAUUAGCAAACUUUUUGAAGACGACAACUCAACCUGCAUUAUACUACCUACCCCAAAAGUUAACAGACAGCAUGCAAAGCAAGAUAAACCAGCAAAAAGAGCAAGCAUCAGGAGCAAAGAGAAAUUUUGAUGGGGAAAAUUGCAACGACGAUCCUCUAACAGACAACGAGGAAGAGAGAAAGGAAAAUGAAAAGGCAAAAGAGACAGAGAGAGAUGUCAAUGAUCGUCGUUUUUCAGAGUAUGAAUCUGAUGGAGAGGAAAAAGAGAUCAGGGCCUCCAAAGACACAAGCGAUAAAGUAGAUCAGGAGGCAACGGCAAAAGAAUAA